UAUAAGUCAAUGUCAAUUCAGUUGGUGGGGUAUUAACAGUGUACAACGGUAGUAGUGUAUCAGAGGAGAGUUUAUUUAAAUUAAAAUAUAAAACUGUAAUGAAAUAACUAGUGACAGUGUCUAACAAAUAAUAAAACCGCCUUUUUCAUUAUAUUUUAUACGGAAACAAUAACAUUUAUUCAUAAACCGUAAUUACUGGGCAAUGCAGUCGAUGCUAUCCAGGAGGUAUUUAUAAUAAAUAAAAUUAAUUCGUGAUUCAAAUAAAUCGAAAUGGGAAAACUGCUGAGUCUAUUGGCCCGUGAUGAUUCAAACUGUUGUUCUUCGCCACGAUAUGAUAUAUUCUUAGAUUUUGAGAAUGCUGCACCCACUGACACAGAGCGCGAUGUUUAUGAAGAAGUGCAAAGAGUUCUUUUGGAUUCAGACAAAAUCUUAGAAGAAAUACAGUGUUACAAAGGAGCUGGAAAGGAAAUACGAGAAGCGAUUGCAGACCCCUCGACUAUAACCCAAGAAAGGGCUUGGCGCGCCGUCAAACCCUUAGUGGAUAAACUGCUCAGAUUUUAUAACCAUUCACUGGAGUUGAAACGGGUUGUACCACGUCUCUUAGGUUCACUUGUGGGGGGAUCGAUGAGUCCCACGCAACACUUGGAACAACAGCAAGCUCUAGUGAAACAAUUUGCAGAAAUAUUGGAAUUCGUUCUGAAAUUCGAUGAACACAAAAUGAAGACGCCAGCCAUUCAGAACGACUUCAGUUACUACAGAAGAAUCGUAUCACGCAGUGGCCUCAUCAAUGCAGAAUUACCUCCAGGGGAAGAACCGCACAUCGGGGCAGAGGUUGCAAAUCGAAUGUCCUUAUUCUAUGCACAGGCAACGCCGAUGCUCAAAGUUUUGUCAGAAGCAACAAGCCAAUUCGUCAACGACAAUCAACAGGAUUUAGAAAAUACAACAGAAACGCUCAGCACGAUGGCCAAAGUGUGUUUAAGAAUGUUGGAAAAUCCAAAACUGGUGGCCCAAUUCAGCCGCGAGGAGACAUCCCUCUUGGUUCUCCGAGUCAUGGUCGGUUUGAUCAUACUUUACGACUGGGUACAUCCUUCUGGAGCCUUCUGCCGUUCGUCAUCAGUCGACGUGAAAGGUUGCGUGAAGUUCCUCCAACAGCAACCUCCUCCCAAAGCGGAACCUCUCCUGAACGCCCUCAGGUACACCACGAAGCAUCUAAACAGUCAAUCGACGCCGAAGAACAUACGAGCGCUCCUGGCUGCGUGAGGACACCACUCCAGCCUUGCAUGUUGCUGUGGGGAAUGAGGUGACAAUAAAAAUGUGGGGAUUUCUCAUCGGCAUUUAUUUUGCUCGUUUAUUAACUGUUGGUUGUAGCGUGAUCUCGUAAAAAAUAUGACUGCAAUCAUAGAUUCAUUUGGACGAAUAUUCCAUUAAGUUCGUUUUGUAACCUAAUGUCAUUUAAAUCGUGGAUGGCAAAACUGGUCUUUCAUAAAUAACAUUUCCCGCCCUGCCGCGCAUCUGGUUAUGGUUUUCAUAAUGCGUUUAUUAUUUAAAAAAAUAUGAAAUGGGUAAAUAUAUUUUCGAAAAAUACAUAUCUAUUAGACAUUUUAAGAUUCGUUAAAAUAUAAUUCUGUGAAAUAGAUAUGUUUUAAGAUUUUUUUUUUUUUUUUUAUUAAACUUUCGCGCGCCCUCGCAUGAUCACCAGCGGGCUUCGUAUUGGCGGAUUUCUAACCGAUUUACGAUAGACAUCGAAACUAGAUACGUGUAAUGCUUACAAUUAUAAGAACCGUAAGUAUUCUAAAUAUUAUUAUGGAUUCAUCCGGUUUUGCGUAUGAUAUUUAUCGAGGAAUGCUUGACGAUGUUUUGGGAAAUAGAUUCCUAUAGUCAUGGAGUAGUCGAAAUCAUAUGUUUUAAACAACACAAGUGAAACCCGACGUUAUUUUUCUUUCUAAUUACCAUUCGCUCAGACGAGAUAUUUCGAUUAGUGAUUGCCAGCGUUUGCUCACGGCACAAUCGUAGUUUUGUAGCCAUCGUAGUUGCUUUUGGCAUUUGACAUUAGAAAUUUGUAGAUCGAAACGUUUUUGAAUCGCGAAUCGUAAUUAGGAAUGUUACCAAAAAUCUCGUAAGUCAUUGAGUUAUACAAAUUAUAAACUGCAUCUAUCUGAUUAUAUCUAACCUAUCUAUCCGUAAGAACAAUUAAAGCGUCUAGUCAGUACAAUUGAAAACUUUGUGCGUUAAAAGCGUUUCACGUACAUAUAUAAAAACGUUGCUCAAAUUCGACCUUGAAAUUUGACCCUCAUCGUCUCCAAAGAAGUGUCACCUCCACAAUAACAGAGAUCACGCUACAACAAACUGUCUUAGCGUGUAAGUAGUAGAUAGAUAUUAAAUGUUGUAGUUAAUGUAAUGAUUAAUAUCGUUAACCUAUUAGAGAUACUCUAUACUCUAUGAAUAGGUUUUAUUGUCUAUGAUUUUACAAAAUUUUAAAGCCCAAAUUAUAUCAUUAAAAAAAAUCGGUAAUGUAUAUAGAUUACCUCAGUACGGUAAAUGCGUUGAACAAUAUAAUUUUCAGAUAUAUAUAACUAUAGUGUCUCUAUAUUAAUAAUAAAAAGUGAUGCAAAAAUAUAUAAUGAUGUAUGUAAGUGGUAAAUAGACGCACUCUAUCAUAUAAAUCCUGUUAGGUAAUGCUUUAAAAGCAAACUGCAAAACAUUAUUUUUGAGAAAUCUUUCCCUUACCCCACACAUAUGCAAGGUUAGUAUAUGUAGUUAUAUGUAUGUCAUAACACAAAACAGAAUUUAUAAAGUCACUCGUAAGUUAGAUUUAUAAAACAUUUUUAAGAAGCUAUAGAGUUUGACGUAAACAAAGUAUUACAUUAAUAUAAAAACGAAACUGCCUUGAUAUUAAGAACUCUACCAAACCAAAUAGUGAAAUGUUAGACGUUUUCGAUACAUUUUUGAAAAGCGAUACUAACUGUGACCUUGAUCAUUUGUCACAAAAACAAUCAAUCAUAACAUCCCAGGUGUCCUAAAGACAAAUAUUACAAUGUUAACACAAUUCGCCAUAUAAAUAACGUCUUCUAGACUGCAAGACUGAAAUUCUAUACCGAGUCAAAUACUCCACAAAUACGGCUAAUUCAAAAUUGUAUACAAUGUAUUGUAUUAACAGUAAUGCAUGUUAGGUAUGAAGUAAUUCGCACAUUAGUCUUGUACGAAUAAAGGAAAAAAUAACUUAAAAAAAUUAAUAACGCCUUUUAAGAUAUAAUUUUAAGUAUAUUGUUAAGAAAUGGAUUUAUGCAUGUACCAUGUACCACUGCCUUGAUGUUAUGUAUCAAAGUAAUUUUAAAACGAAUUUUAUAUAUGUUUUACUAUUAUGUAUAAAUUGGCAUAAGAGGUAACAAUUAAGCAUACCAUUUUAAGAAUAAAGAAAUUUUUAAAAAAUCAUAUACAAACCUAUAAAUAAUAAUUACGGUUUAAAAAAAAACAAUAUUGUCUAUGAAAAUAAAGACGCGCCACACACACUCAAAUAUUCAAUGUCAUUAUUAUAUUACUAUUGUUUAGUAUGUAUCAAGUUUUCUUUGCUCGAGUCUUCCACGCUGAUCUAUUCCUAAUUUAAAAUGCACAAUUAAAUUAACAGAAUAUUUUUAAAUAUACAAUUCUACUAUAAUUAGUUUUAUUUAAGAAAAUGUAGGUAAAAGCUUUAAUGCGCCGUUACUAGCAACUUACAUAAUAUGUUGACUUUGAAAAUUUUAUUGCAUUUUUUUAUACCCUCCUUGAUAAUUUUCAACUUUGUAAUUUAGCAUGCAUAUAAAGUGUAGCGUAGAUGAUAUUAAGUAUUAAAUAUCCUUAAAUUAGAAAAAAAAAUUACUUGCACACUUAGCACAUUAUUGUUAUUUAUAUAAUAUAGAUAGUAUUGUUGAGAUAUCUUUGUGGUUCGUUAUUUAAUAUUGUAAUCAAUUACCUACGCCUUGUCUGCUUUCGCAUUUAUAAGGAAUUGAUUUGUUUUAAACCACAGCCUACAUUUAUGAUAAAUUUUUUCCAUUUUUUAACCGUCUUUACAAUUUUGUUCGAAUUACUAAUGUUAGCAUAGAUUAGAUGUGUAAAAAAAAUUGAGGCGAAAAUGUUGGUUUUCGAAAUUAGCACGAUAAAUGUUUAAGCUAAAAAAAUAGAUUAAAUAUAUUUUAAUGAAUUUAUGUAUUCCAAGGCUAUUUAUAAAUCUAAAGAAAGAGUUCCUCUCCUCUAUAAAAAUAUAUCUGUUUUGCAUUUAACUUAUAUUUCACUAUUUUCAAAGUUUCUAUUUAUGUGUCUUAAAAGUAAUAUGAUAAAAAUAUCUACAUAUUAAUUAUUGUGUAUUUACAAUUUAAAUUUGUGUGUUUAAAAAUGUAUAUGCUUACAAUUUAAUAGUUAUUUCAAAAAAUAUUUGCUAGAUAUUUGAUUCGUUAAUAUUUGAAUUAAUUUAUUGAACUCUUAGCAGAAUAUAUAUAGAUAAUUGUAUUGCAUUAUGUAGUCUUACUGUUGUUCUUUAUUAAUAAAUUAAGUCAAUUGUUUUUAACUAAUAAUUGUUUAAGAUGUGUAUGAUAAACCUAUUUUCUUAGUUAUCAUUUAUUUAUUAUAUAAAUACACCAAAGUUAUAAAUAAUAAACAAAUAGUCCCUC